GCAGCAAAGGAUUUUACACCAGGCACACCAGCUGGCCAUACAGAGUCAGCAGAAGGUUAGACGACGCAGCGAACGUCCCAAGGGUCAAGGUCAGAGGAAAGUCAAGUCCAAUGAAGAUCGACCGGAAGCCAGUGAAGAAGACAAAGGUGGAAGAAAAGGAUGCUAGUCAGGAGCAUGGCAAACAGGAAGAUCUUGCCAACACAUCUUUGGAGUCCAUCGAGUCGGACGUGGCCAUGCAUGGUGGUAGUCAAGACAGUGGACUGGAGCAGACUGAAGGAGGCCACUCCCCUGGGGGUCUCACCCCUGGACAGGAGACAGAGAUAUUUGACUGUUCCUCAUUUAUACAGCAAGUGGGAGUACAGCGUCAAAGGCAGAGACACAUACAAGGCCGAGAGUACAUAGAGAACAUUAUGAGUCCUGAUGAUGGUGAGGGCAGCUGUCAUAGUUCACACAUCAGCACCAAAUCAGAGAAGAAUAUGGCCGACUUUGAGGGUGAGGACUUCAUCAGUGACGAGGAACUAGCUCAGAUUGAUGCCAGCCGAUCUUUUAAUCCCCACCAGAUGCAGCAACACCUAUCUAGUCUCGCCUCGAUGUACCACACACACAUGCCACAUGUGAUUCACCACCGCCCCCAGCAGAUGUUCCCCUGCCACCCGUCCGACUUCCCGUUUGACGAUGUAUGUGGUAAAGGAAAUACAUUGCUCUGGGAUCUUGUCCAGGAGGAAACAGCACAUAUGUUACCAGAGGGUCUUGCUAUGGAGGCAGAGAAAGCACUUUGUACUCUGGUAUGCUAUUCUACAGACAGAAAAAUCAAGAUGAAGUUUAUUGAAGCCUGCAUAGAAAAUCUCUCUCAAAACAAAUCGGUUGUGGUAUCUCUGCGACUACUCCAAAAGAUCUUCAGUUCCUUCCAACCAUACAGGAGUGGGGCAGAUACACACCAUGUCACCAUGUGGGCAGAAAAGGAGCUACAUAUGAUGAGUCACUUCUUUAUCAACCUGGUGUACUACACUGAGGCGAUACAGGCGGGCAAUGCUACCAUCACAGCAAUGUACAGUCACAAAGAACAGGUACAAGUACGACUGGACUUCCUCACCUGUGUGUUCUCAGCUAUGGGAUCCCCUGAUGGAUUUAGGUUAAAUCUGGAGCAGGUGGACACCCUGUGGCGUUGUAUAGCUUUGGACACGGAGUGUUCCGAUGAGUGUCUCAAGUGGUUUCUCAACCAGGCAAAGAGUAAAGACCACCAUGCUAUGGGCCUGGAAACAUUUAAACACAUCUUUUUAGAAAAGAUGCCCCAACUGAAGCCAGUAUCCAUGAGUAUGAUUGGCCUGAACCUGUUUCAGCAGUUAUCACAUCUGACAAGGAUUGCCAAUGCAUCUCUCGAUAAGUCGCUGACCGAGGAUCAGGUCUGUGGUAUGGACCAGUUGUGGAACAUCGCCCUGAAGGCUACAAACACGGACGUCAGCAUCACUGCCAUACAGAUUCUCAACAGUUAUUACAUCAACUACGGCAACGGUCAACUGGAGAAAGAGGAGGAAUUUGUACAGCGAUGUAUGGACAGCCUUGUUCAGGCUCUUUCAGAUCUUAACCAGAAUCCAGAUACAAAUUUACUAGUCAUUCAAAGAGGUUUGGUGCUAUUGAAAAACCACCUGGAGGCAUUCAGGAAACGGUACGCCUACCACCUGAGAAACUGGCAGAUAGACGGGAAAGGAAUCCGCAGUCACCAACGUUCCAUCCAUGACAAACAGUCAUCAAUGAUGCGAGUGAUUCUACAGCCAGCAGGCAUGACUGACAAGACACAGUUAGAGAUGUCAUCAACGGACUUGGUGGCAGAGUUACGUGCAGAGGUGACACGGUGGUGGGAGGGGCUUCACAAACAACAACUAGCCCGACAUCAGGCAGAGGGUGCCCACAGCAGUACGAUGCUGUCACCAAUACUUGGUGCCAUGCUAGGUGAUGGCCCCAUCCGUAUGAUAACCCUAGGACAAGACCUCACUGUAGACAUGGAUGAGAAAUCACUCGGUGAUAUGCAGUUCAAAGACAUGCAGCUUGUGUUUGUGUCUGUGGGUGCCAGUAGACCCCAACGUAAAAUGGACGGCAGUAUCCCCUCAUCCUGUCUGCCUGCACCCUCCCACAGCAAGCUGCCUGUGAUGCUGAUGAUACAGGAGCCACACUUCAGCAAGCUCUUCACUUUACUGGAGAGGCUUGGAAAGUUGGACUUCACUUCAACAGAGAUGGAAAGCCAGGAGCGAUGGGGCCUACAGACCAAGGCGCGUGUGUUGUCUCGGAAAGUGUGGGAACUUCUUAUGUUACUACCAACCAACCAAAGUAUGCUUGAGGGCUUCAACAGUAUUGUCUCUGAGGAGAGUCCUGAGAAGGCAGACCAUUGGGACACAUUACUAGCACCCAAUGCUCCACACAAACUUAUGUACUCUCUCCAGAUAGUGGAGGCACUCUCCCGAACACCUCGACACCGCAGAAAGUUCUCUAUGAGGGCAGGUGCUGGAGACUCUCGAGCUAUGAGUACAGAUUCGGAGAUGGACACUGACAGCAGUGAGGAGGUCUGGAGCCAGAAGUUUAUAACAAAGGGUGGUUUAAAACACUUGCUCAACAUCUUCAAGUCUGGUGUUUUACAAGCUAGAGAGGAAGAAGCGUGGAGCCAGUGGAAUCAGGAGUGUCUGGCAUACCUACUCCGACUCAUCAGCCAGUUCUCUGUGGAAUUGUCAGAUGCUGAAGCUGGUCAUGAUGAUGUGUUUGAGUCUUAUGAAAGUCCCAGAAAAAAGAUGAAACGUCAUAAAGGAGGCAGUGAGAAGAUAAUUAUACCCAGACUUAAUCAGUCUACAUUAUCCAUGCUGAACAUCGAGUCUAUCCUAAAGAUCCUCAUGCAGAUUCUAUAUGAUGCAGCCUUCCCCAGUGACACCAACCCUAUCAACACAGGGACAUGGGGCAGGGCAGAAGUGGUACACUACUCCUGGUUGUUUUUGGUAUCCUGGGCCUACUCCAGUGAAGAAGUCAAACAUGCGUUGUGUUCUGCCCAGAACUUUGUGUCCUGGCUCCGCAGACUCACACUGGAUGCACCCGAGCCAUUUGUGAGACGUGAGGCUUGCAUGGGAUUGUACCGCCUGUGUCUGGGCCGCACCGCAGAUAGUAAGACCGGUUAUACUCUUCUCAUGCCCAUGUUGUCUAGUCUACUCAGCUUCCUCAACGAGGCCCUUACUAUCAAACCACAACGCAACUUUGAUUUGGAUGGGCUGAAGGAGAAGGAGCCCCAGGGGCCAGGCUGUCGGGACUACUUCUGGCUGGUGUGUCGCUUCGUGGACAGCAUCUCAAAGGAGGAUGCCAAGUCAGACAAGGAUGAGAUUGUCAACAUCAACAACCUUGCGAAGGAUGUGUCCAAUCAUAUAAUGGAGCGCCAAUACCUGGAGACCCGGCAGGGGUUCGAGGAGGAUGACGGAGUCAUAGGACUACUUAACUUAAUGACAGCUAUCAUCAAACACAACCCCACAUACAAGCCAUCAUCAGAAGGACAGAAUUUUCUAGAGGAGGUUUUCUGGUUGCUGUUUGCCCUUCCUUCUCCCAGUAAGAGAUUUCUGCCAAAGUGUAAAAGUCAAACAAGUCGCUCUUCAGCCUAUGAUCUCCUGGUUGAGUUUGUCAAAGGCAGUGUGGACAACUUCGGAAUACUUCACAAACUCAUGAUGAAACAGCACACGAAAGAUGCCCACACACCCUACCCAUGGGACUACUGGCCCCAUGAAGAUGGACGAUCAAAGUGUGGCUACGUAGGGCUGACCAAUCUGGGAGCCACAUGUUACAUGGCCACCUGUAUGCAGCACCUGUACAUGUUACCACAGGCACGUCAGUCUGUACUUCAGGCCGUUUGUUCAAAGCAUAACAAGUAUGAAGGUACCAUGUCAGAACUGAAGAAGAUGUUCGCCUAUCUACAGGAGAGUGAAAGAAAAGCAUACAACCCUCGGAGCUUCUGUAAAACGUAUACCAUGGACAAACAGCCUCUCAACACAGGAGAACAAAAGGACAUGACCGAGUUCUUCACUGACCUCAUCAGCAAAUUGGAGGAUAUGUCUCCAGAAAUGCACAAACUAGUGAAAAGCCUGUUUGGUGGUAUUCUCACUAACAACGUUGUGUCUCUGGAUUGUCCUCAUGUGAGUAGGACCUUGGAGGAAUUCUACACGGUCAGAUGUCAGGUGACGGACAUGAAAAACCUUUAUGAAUCACUGGAUGAGGUGACAGUGAAGGACAUGCUGGAGGGAGACAACAUGUACACCUGUUCAAAAUGUCAGAAGAAAGUCCGUGCAGAAAAACGGGCUUGUUUCAAGAGAUUACCAAGGAUACUGUGCUUCAACACCAUGCGGUAUACCUUCAACAUGGUGACGAUGAUGAAAGAGAAAGUGAACACUCACUUUUCCUUCCCGCUGUGUUUGGACAUGUCCCAGUACAUGGAGAAAACUCUCAUGGGGCCUGACAAACUCAAAGUGGAUGAUGAUGAAGAUGAGAGACUACAAAUGCUGGAGAUGGAGGAUGAUGAAGAGGAGGGAUACGAUUAUGAGCUGACAGGUGUGACUGUACAUACAGGAACAGCUGAUGGUGGACAUUACUACAGCUUCAUACGCGACCGCAUGCACACAACAGACAAUGGCCAGGAUAAAUGGUACCUGUUCAAUGAUGCAGAGGUGAAGCCAUUUGAUCCGAGCCAGAUUGCUACUGAGUGCUUUGGGGGAGAGAUGACGAGUAAAACAUACGAUUCUGUGACCGACAAAUUCAUGGAUUUUUCAUUUGAAAAGACUAAUAGUGCUUACAUGUUGUUCUAUGAGAGAUGUCCGAUUAAGAAAGACACUGAUGAACCCAAUAAGUUGUUAGAGGUUGAACCCGUCCAAAAGUUCAAUUUUGAACUUUCAAAAGAAUUGGCUGAGUGGAUUUGGCAAGAUAAUAUGCAGUUCCUUCAGGACAAGAAUAUAUUUGAACACACCUAUUUUGGGUUUAUCUGGCAGAUCUGUGGAUACAUCCCCACAACACUGUCUAAGGAUCCUCAGUUACAGGUGUCCCUCCGGGCCUCACAACUCAGUACUUCAUUUGUCCUAGAGACCCUCAUACAUGCUAAGGAAAAGCCAACCAUGCUACAGUGGAUAGAGCUACUGACGAAGCAGUUUAACACCUGUCCUUCAGCAUGUGAGUGGUUCUUGGACCACAUGGCCGAGAGUGACUGGUGGCCCCAGCAGAUCCUCAUUAAGUGUCCAAACCAGAUGGUCAGACAGAUGUUCCAGCGUCUGUUAAUCCAUGUGAUCUCCCAGUUACGAUCAGCACACAUGGACUUGUACCUACAGCCAUUCAUCGAGGGUGAUGAUGGUGAGAUUGAUGUGUCAGAGCUGGGCACCAAAUCCUGUGUGACCAGAUUCAUCAAGAAGAUGCUUACUAUUAUCGAGCACGGUGUGCGUCCCCACAGCAAGUACCUGACGGAAUAUUUUGCAUUCCUGUUGGAGUUUGCCAAGAUGGGAGAUGAAGAGUGUUUCUUCCUGAUCAAUAGUAAUGCCAUCUCCACUAUGAUUGGCUUCUACAUGGGACAGAAAGCCCAAGAGAACUACGUGGAGAUUCCGUCAGACGAUGAGGAGGAUGAAGUGAUCACCAUCACAGAUGAUAACUAUAAACCAAUGUCACUGGAAAAGAUGAUCACACUGAUAGCCCUUCUGGUGGAGAAAUCUCGCAGUGAGGACAACCAGCUUCACAUCUCUGAUAAAGACUAUAACUCUGUUAUUGGGGGAGGAAAGGGAUUCCCAUUCAUGUUCAACCAGAUCAGGGACAACAUCAAUGUGAGGCAGACAUGUAACCUCAUCUUCAGUCUCUGUCGCUGGAAUGAGCAGCUUGCUGUAGCUAUUGUUACCAUGGUAUUUAGUGCUAUAAAGAAGCUAAGUAUUGAGCACUCGCAGCCUUUCUUCAAACUGAUGUCAAUGUUGGUGGAGUUUGGGGGAGGACCUCCAGGGUUACCUCCCUUCACUCAGUAUGUCCUACAGAGAUUCUGGGAGCUGACCAAGAGUUGUCCGCAGCCAUGUUUGGAGUGGAUGUCCACUCAAGUAACCAGAAACAAACUGGCCAGCCAUUGGCUCCUGAACCAGAUGGAGAGUUGGGUAGAACCAUAUCUAAUAGCCAACAACAAUGUUAGAGUCAGAAACGCCACUGCAUGUCUUCUUGUAUCCCUUGUGCCAAGCAACCAUUUCCGCCAAACAUUUGUAGCCACACGUCGCAUCCUAAGUCCACAAAAAGAAAUAUCAAUAUCAACAGAGGGUAUCCUAGUGUUACAUCAGAUCUAUAACCAUUUGUUAAAUCUCUUACAACGUGCCAAAGUGUAUGCGGACUCUCAGAGCCACGGCACAACCAAGUUGCUGAGCUACUUUACUGUACUGACCUAUUGUCUCAUAACUAGGGAGGAGAAACUCAUGUUCUCCACUUACUUUGGUGAUUUAUGGCAGCUAUUUCAACCCCGGCUAUGUGAGCCACAGAUUUCCAUGCAUCACAACAAACAGGCUCUACUGUACUUCUGGUAUCAAGUCUGCCAGGACUGUCCGGAGAACAUCAAACUCAUCGUCACCAACCCCCAUGUCUGUAAACAGAUAGCCUACAACUACAUCCUAGCGGAUCAUGAAGACCAGGAGGUUGUCAUGUUCAACAGAAUCAUGUUACCAUCAUACUACGGCUUGCUGAGGAUGUGCUGUCAGCAGUCACGCUCCUUCACCCGAACACUUGCCCAACACCAGAAUAUCCAGUGGGCCUUUAAAAACAUAUCACCAUACCCUGCCCAGUACACUCUGGCUGUCGAGGAGCUUUUUAAGAUCAUGAAGAUGAUGGCCACAAAGUAUCCAGACAGUUCUGAGGAUGAAAUCCGCUCCGUCAAUCUCUUCAAACGCAACAUGAUGCAGAUGUUCCUCAACUUCCUGGAUGCUCGCUCCAUGUGGCAGACGCUCAUCAGUGCGUUGAAGGUUCUGAUAGACACAACAGAUGACAGACUCUUACUGAUAUACCAGCAGGGUCUCCAGAUGAUCACAGAGGCAUUUAACACACUGCAUGUUAUGUACCAUGAAGCUACUGCCUGUCAUGUGACUGGCGAUAUUGUUGAUCUCCUCUCCAUACUUUUACCAGUCCUCAAAGUCGCCAGACACUUCCACGAAAAGAAAGGUUCUACAGCUGCUGAUGUGAAUACAGUGCUACAGAGUUGGAAAGACAGAAUGGAGUUUGUGAAAAAGCUACUUACACUUCUCAACUCUUACACUCCACCAGAGAUUCGUCAUAUCUCCAUAGAGGUACUGAGAGAGAUGAUCCUGACAUUCCAGAGCGAGUGUGUCCAUACUGUGGUCCCAAUACUUACCCAGGCACAUGUGGCCUUCCAGGAGAGUAACCUACCAAUGACAAUGGGUCCUUAUUUCCCUCGGAGGGGACAGAAACCAAUCGGUCCAAAGUCCAAUAUCCGACCACCACGACCCCAGUUCAACAUGAUGUUACACUCCAGCCAGAUAGAAGCCACAAAGGGAGUGGAUGAUAUCUACGACAACGCGUUGUUGGAUUUCUUUUCACCAUAUCAUGCCCUUGUUGACCUUCUGUGUCGUGUUGCUGUCAAUCAUCAGAGCCUCAAUGAGGCAAUCAUCAGUCUCAGUGCAAUGGUUGCUAUUGAAGGGGUCCCUCUACACUCCCCAUACUUUGCCAAGCUGUGGUACGAGAUUUACCACUCAGAGGUGGACAGAAAUUGUAUCGGUAUCCUGUGCAAUAGUAACAUAUUUAUUGAGUAUGUUGACUCGGUGCUACUUGAUGAAAGACUUUCACUCAGCAAUCACAAUAUCUACCAGUUCUUGUGCAAUUUCUUCCCAAAGGUGUUCCAACAAGUGUUAAAUGAUCAAGGGAGGUCACUUUUAGAUAGUCUGGUGGCUUCAGUGACGGCAGAAAAAGCCGCUGCGGAAAACAUCCGAUCAGAGAGAGACUUCCUGAAUAUUUGCUAUAGAAUUAAUGGGGAUCUUCGUACGAUGCUCCUGAUAUUCUCGGUACAGCCCCCAAAGCAGCUCAACUCUCUCCUAGUCGACAGUCUACAGUACAUCCUCCAGGUGUGUCGUCAGCAUCAGCACCAGCGUACCGCCGACACAUCUCAGCGACUGACGGCCCGAAAACGUUCAGGUUCACAGGGUGAUAGCGGGGAGGAGGAAGCAACGGAGGAAACAUCAGGUGAAACAUCUGCCAAGAAGCCAAAGUUAUCUUCUGAAUCAGCUGAAGAAGUGGUCAAGAAUUCUAAUGAUGAAUCCGAGGAAUCCAAAGAAGUUACUUCUAAAGAGGAUAAUAGUGUGGAAAAGGUAGAAAAUAAAUCGGAAACUGAAAACGUCGUCUCCGAGAGUGCUAACCAAUCCAAAACAGAUUCUAGUCAGCCGGACUCCAUAGAGAAGGAGACGUCAGAGCCCUGUGAGGGCGGCGGGAGUAAAGAGGACAGUGACCAGGAUUCUGAUGUAGUGAUUGUGAUCCCAUCAGAGGAAGACAAACCAGUGGUGGACAAUAAGUCUGAUGUUGACAGCAAAUCUGACACGGACAAAAAGCCUAGUAUAGAAAGUAAACUGGAAACAGAGGAUACCAAAGUUAAGGAAGAAAAGACUGAAGAAAUUAAUGAGGUGCCGUCUAAGGACCAGGAUGAGACAAUGAAAGAUUGUGAUGAGCCAGAACCAGGUCCGUCUGGUCACUGUCGGAAUGAUAGUCAAGAACAUUCAAGUGGGGAGUCACGGCAAAGUUCCAGUGAUGAGAUGCCACGAUCGCGAGAGCGUCCAACUAUCGUAGACUAUGUAGCCAAGCAUAUAGAGCACAUAAUUUGCUCUUAUGGGAAAGCAUUGAAGUGAAUAUAGGGCCAAUUGUUUAAGUCUUUCUUGUUUCUCUCAUAGCAUUACAGUACACUUAUUUUAGUAAAUAUGGCUAUGAUUUAUAUUUUGAAGAUGCUAUGCCACGCCUUUUUUUCUCCUAAUGGAGAAGCAUUAUUUUGUCUGUUCCUAUUGAAUCAGUAGACUAUAUUCUGAGCUUAGCAUUAUGUGAUGUAAACAUCCAUUACUUGAGAUGUGAAUGUGUCGUGAGUUGUUAGUGAGAUCAAAUGAGUGGUUUAAUGUAUCGGUUGGUUCUGUGAGUGUGGGUAAUUGAGUUGGUGAGAAAUUGCUGUCCUCAAAAGUCACUACUUGAUUGUAAAGCAUUACUCCAUACACUGCCAAGCUUAUCAGCUAGAGUUGUCUUUGUGAUUCAAGGUUGUGAGUUUGCCACAAGCUGUUAGUGUUUUGUCACCGAGCUAUUUGUGAGGUUAUCCUACAUAUAUUGUCUUUUUCUCUGAUGUUACAAUCAGGCAUGAAUUUGUUAUAGAUACACUCUGUACAUGUUUGUCGGUUUUAACCUCAUUCAGACUUGAGAUUAGUCCAACCAUCAGUAUUACAAUGUGAUAAACAUUAUUAUGUGACUAAUAUCUGUAAUUUUCAAUAACAAUGAGAGAAUUUUUGCACACAUGAAUUUCACUUCAGGACCAAACAGACAGCUUUCAUUUAAUGUAUUCCAAAUAGUUUCUUCAAGCUACAUGUACUUAUCAAAAGCGGAAAGGCGUUGGUGUUUUUAUAACUCCUGAAUUUAGAUUUACUUAAAAUGUCUUCUAUAUUUAAAUAAAGCAAUUUUUCCUUCAUUAUGAAUAAAAACGUCCCUUUUGUGUACAAUAUUGGGAGUGAAUGUAAAAAAUAAUCAAAACAAGGGAAUGGGGGCUCAUAUACCCACCACCCUCCAUGUAUGACCUUUGACCCCUCUUAUCAAGUAGGGCCUUUAACCCUCUAACAUUGACCUUCAAAAUAUAUUGGGUGUAGACCUUUAUGUAAUUGUAGCAUUUUACAACCAGCAAACUCAUGAAUGAACUUUUUUCUCUCUAUAGUUGGAAAAGUCCCAAGUUCCUGUUUGAAGGGGUUCUGAGAAUUUAAUGAAAUAAUUGUAGAAUACAUUGAUGAAUACCAGUAGGUUUUUAAAAUAGAGACCAGUGCAGUUUUUAUCUUCAUCCAAAACGGAAAAAAUCCUUCUGAAAUCUUCCCUGAUUUUACAUUUUUAAUACUAAGUGCUCUUUCUCAUCCUGACUUGACUUGAUGAGGUUGUUACCAUAUCUAGUUUUACGCCAGUACAAAUAAAACGUAUUAUGUGCUAUGCUUUAUAUUGAAUCCAUACAAAAGCUUUUUGUUUGAGAUUGGCUAGUGAAAUGGAUAAAACAUAUUAUGUUGUUAGUUUUUCUGCUGCAAAAAACUGUUACAAUACUGCAUUUUGUGAAAUAAUUGUGUUCCUGAAAGAUAUUACAAAAAAAAAAUAUGUUAUAAAACUGUGAUGAAUGAAAUAUAUGUAAGAAUGAACUGCAAUAUGAUACUGCUUCAUGUACUGUAUCGGUAUUUAAUUGUUAUAUUUUCUUAUUAUGUGCACUCUCCAGAUCUCGUUUGUGAAUGUUUAAAUAAUGUAUGACGUCCAUUAUCAACUAUCCCGUGUUCACAUCCUACCACCAAGUGGUUCAUAUCUGUUUAGAGGUUUGUUCACACCGAUCUUCAUGUGUUCAGAAGAAUAAAAAUGACCUGCCAUGAGACAGCAUCUGGUUUGAUAUUACAAGAUAAACAAAAAUUGAAACGAUGAAUAUUCUGACCUGCUAGUCCUCCUGAUUCUUCCUUAAUCCUUACAGAUUUUGGUUGUAUGGAAAAGAUUGUAAACAUCUCCGUUUUAAAAAUCUAGAAAAGACAACUUUCAAGGGUUAUUUUCACCAGUUCAUGUGCGCUUUUUGGGUAUCUUUGUCUCAAGGUAGGUCAAGUAUCGGACCGGUACUGUUUGUCAUGGCAUGUCAUUAGUACGGUGACUACUUGGUAGAUGUAUGUGUCGCUAAUCUGACUUCUGAAUACAUCUGUUCAGUAAGUCUGGUUGGUGUUCUGUGAAGUAUGUGUGGUGAAGUACCAAAGAUCCUUGACCAAAAUACAAUCUCUAUAUGUAUGAUUCUUCGUGUUUUAUUUAUAAUUGUCACUGAAAUUGCUUCCAUACUCAAUGUGCUGGUGAUGAUUCAUAUAGAAAUAAUGACAUCUUUUUUGAACAAAUAAUUAAAAUGUCACGAGAAAUC